GUGGUUACUACUAAUGCUGUAGGAUCGAACCUAAACGCGCUCAGCCACAAUUCAAAUCAAGCGUCCUUCGGUUGCCUUGUCAUUCGAAGUUCGAACACCAACACACUCUACCCACACACAAAAUCAUCGACAGUGAUACGCUUCACAUAAUCAAGAUGCAAGCGAAAUCCAAGAAGGCGUCGACUUCAUCAAAGCAGCUUAGCGAUUUUGGAGCCAAGACCCUGUUCUGCUGUCUUUGCUGGCCCAUUGUCAUCGGCGUCUAUUGCUGCAAUAUGAGAGUAAUCUGUGGCACUAAGCCCUUCAACGAUUUUCCUCCAGCACCAUUGCCAGCCCGUCGGCCGCGUAGAUUGACUAAUGACAAACAAAGAUUCCGCCUGCAGAAGCACUCGCGCAAGGAUCAAAGUCAGGCUCAGUUCCUCACGAUGCUGCCAUUGGAAAUCAGACGCCAGGUAUAUCGCGAGGUGAUUGGGAACAGACGUUUCUACGUGGUUGUCGAGGAGCUCAGAACGCAGCAGAGCAAGGGCCAAGGUCGCAUCGCUGCGUAUGAGACGGUCACAGUUGUUGACACCGACCCAUACCUGACGACCAGGUUCUCACACGAAGCGACCGGUCUGCUCAAUCUGCUGACAACAUGCUGGCGAAUCUAUGUCGAAGCGAUGCCGAUCUUAUAUGAGUCAAACUCCUUUGUUAUACCCACGAAAUUCGGACAUCUGAGGACGUUCGAAUCGACCAUCCUGCCGUCUCGCUUCACAUCGAUACGUCGCCUCGAAUUGACCAUCUGCUAUAAUGACCUUCCUCGUGAUGCAGCAGCUCGGACGCAAAAAGGUGUGCUCGAGCAGUGGCGGCUCCUCCGAAGCAUGGCUAGCCUGAGAUUCUUGACUCUAGCCUUGAGUGGCUUCCGUGCUGACCGACAAGGACCGUACGACGACCUUGUAUCUCAUGUUCAACAACUUGUUGCGUCGGGCGAGCAUCUUCGCAACCUGCGCCGAUGUGUCAUCACGUGGCUCUGUGUAGACUCAAUAAAUCUGACCCUCAAGAGAGCACUCGACAAGAAUCCAUGGAUUUAUCGAACUAGGAUGGCUGCGGAGAGUGAAUAGUGCCUAAUGGCGGUAUACGUUGGCACGGAUGCGGCGGAUCCAUCCGGAUCCAGCCAUUCUUUUUACACACAUCCUGUAUAUAUAUGCUACUAUUUCUAACGAACCUUAUAAGUUAAGAGAGGCUGCAGAGGCACAUCAUCAAAUCAAGGAGCUGAGCAUAAGUCGACUAUGCACACUACGUAUCCCUUCCUCAUAAAACGCCUCAUACACAAUGAGCUUCAGCGGAUUAAGCGAUAUGCAUUACCAAGCAAC